UAAAAUGGCGGACAUGGAUGGGCAGGGCCUUUUAUUGUGUUCAGAAAUGUGAAAUCUUUAAUGCUUUUAAAAACCUUUUAGGUUUUAUGGAAAUAUUUUAAUGCUAGUUUUGCAGAUUGAGCUCUUUCCAAGUUAGUUAUCCAGCUUGAACUCCAACGAUAAAGGUAACGUUAAGAUGGGGACAGAUGAAGAGUAUAAAGGGGCUGGCCUCCCCGAACCAAAGACAGGAGAGGAGAACAAAGAAUGUACUGAAAAGGAAGGAAAUGAGGAUGAAGAACAUAACUCUCAGAGGAGAAGCAAAACGGCCUUGAGAUGUAACCAAGAAACUGGAGAGAUCCUAGUUGACGAACCUAGUGAACUGGGUGCUUCCGUGGUUGCCAUAGAGACCCCGUCCUUUUGGAUCCCUGCACAGUCCUCAUCGUUACAGCUGGUUGACAGUGGUGACAUUGAAGUAGAGCUUACUGCAGAGGUGCAGGUAGAAGAAGGAUCAACCCUUGCUUUUCUGUCAUCCUUGGCCCCGUUUGCUGGCAACCGGAAGAUUGGCCUUCACUCCUCUCACCCCCACUCCAGACUGAUGAAGGAGCUUCUGAUGCUGGGCUGCCCCUCAUUUGCUCCUUCUCCUCGGGUCACAGGCUCCACUCCAGCCCCUGGCCCGAGGAUGAGGCCUACAUCUGCCCUUGCCAAGAGCCCGCUGCCCUCCUCACCCUCCAGCUCCCCCUCCUCCCCUUCUUCCCCUCCAUCAUCACCUUCCUCCUUACCGUCAUCAUCCUCUUCAUCACCCGGGGGAGCCGGCACUGGUUACCAUGACACUGAUGACAGAGGCCACUCGGGCGCCGGUGGAAUCACCAAUGCGACAGGUGACGUGGUAUCCUCUACCUCUUCCUCCCUGGGCCCUUCCCACUCACUCAAUGACCCGCGCCCCUUCUCCUCCAAUCCCAUGUUCCAUCGCCUGGGCCCUCCCACGCAACCGGAUGGCGACUCUCAAAGAGAAGCUUCCGAGACGGAGAUCUACGACCCCUUCCAGCCCACGGACGGAGAAACGGAGCAAGAGCGGCCAAAACCCCUGGAGGAAGAGGAGGACGAUGAGGAGGAUAAAUAUGACCCCUUCCAGCCAACAGGCUCCCCAGCCUCGGAGGAGCGCGACGAGAGAGGCUCGGAAGGAGAGGGGCCACUGGGAAGCCCCAAUGGCAACGCUGUGAACCAGAUGAACGACAUUGAGACGGAGGGGCUGGACGUCUCGCAGGGGUCCCCUCCAGACUCGACGGAGGCGACAGCUGCAGCAGCAACCUCGGCUUCGGCUCCCUCCCCCUGCUCCAGCCCAACCCCUCCGGCACCUGUCGUGACCUACAGCCCGCAGCCGCCCCAGAGGAGGCGGUCACUCCGGGACGGUGGGCGGGAGCAGCGGCGGAUGCGCGAGCGGAGAGAGGACUCGGAGCACUCGGAGAUCGAGGAGGGCGAGAUUGUGGGGGCCGCUGGCGACAAGGACAGGUGGCGGGAGCGGGCGGCGGUGGUGGACGAUGCGCACGGCGGGCUCCCGGGGCUCGGGCUCGGCAUGGGGAUGAAGACUGAGCGCAUCCUGCGGGUCAUGGAGGGCGACGGCUUCGUGUCCGUCUGUACGGAGGCCACCUGGGAGCAGGAGCCUCCACCGCCAGUGGUGGGCGUCGGGGACCUGCGGAGGAAGCUGACCAGCCGCAGGAAGGAGCGCUUCCGCUCCUGCCCCGUGUCCGUUACUCUGACACCUCCACUCCCGCUGCCGUCUCCAAUGCCCCCCACUGUCGCCAUGCCAUCACCCUCGCCUCCAGCCUCCCCCUCCCUCUCCCUCUCGACUGACCGCGAGAAGAGCCGGAAGCCCUCCAAGAGCUCCCGGGAGCGCGAGCGGCGCAAGCUGAAGGAGACUAAGGCCAUAGAGAAGGAGAAAAGGAAGAAGAGGAAGGAGGAGAAAGAGGGCAGCCGGGAGCGGAAGGAGAGAGAGCGGGAGAGGAGGAGCGAGAAGGAGGAGAGGCAGAAGGACGAGAGGACGAGGAGGAGCAGUAGGAGCUCCAGCCGCAAGAGGAAGAGGAGAAAGCAUAGCAGCCCGGAGGCUUCCCAGAAUUCCGCAGCCCGACACACACACUCGAGGCGGCGGUCCUGGUCCAGCCAUUCGGAUGAUCACCACAGGGACAGGGAGAGGGAGAGAGAUGGAGAGCGAGACCGGGAGCGAGAGAGGGAGAGACAACGAGAGCGGGAUCGUGAACGGGACCAAGACCGAGACCGAGAUAGAACUAGAGACCGGGAGAAGGAGAGGGACAGAGGUCGAGACAGAGACCGGGAAAGGGGCAGAAGUGACCGGGAAAGGGACCGCAGCAGAGACUCCCGAGGGAAGAGCAGGGUAAAGAGAGAGCGGGAGGAUGGGGAGCAGGGCUCCAGCAGCCGGGAGAGGGGCAGCAUGAAGCGGUCCAAGAGCAGCAGAGAGAGGCGGGAGGACACGCGGGAGCCGGACAGACACCGGGACCGAGAGAGGGACAAUAGGAGAGACGGACGGCCAGUCGUGCCGCCGUCCAUCCAGGAUCUGAACGGGUCCGAUCUGUUCGCCAUCAAGCGCACCAUCACAGUCACCACGACGACCACCACAACGACCGUGCCGGGGUCACCGGGGCAAGGCCAGCGGUCGUCCCUCAGCCCGGCCUCGGGCCUGUCUCACAAGCGGAAGAGGAAGAGGAGAAGGCGCUCCGACGAGGAAGAGCAGGAGGAGGAGGAGCGCUCGAGGAGACGGCGCAGUCGCUCACGCCACGCCUCCCUCUCACCUAUGCUCUACCACGGCUACGAGUCGGACCGCUUUUCCGAGCGGCAGGAGGCGGACAUGCUGUCGCUGGACGGCGAGGCGCUGGACUCGGACUACCCCUCGCUGGAGGACUCUCCGCUAUUGCCACGGUCACCUGAGCCCCCGCCAUCCCCACCUCCCAAGAGCAGCAGCCCGCCGGCCAAAGUCUCCGGCCGCCGGGACAAGAAGAAGUCGCACGCCUCCGGCAAGAAAGCCAGCCAGCCGUCGGAGUCUGCAUCGCUCCGCGCCAAAGCCAAAAGCAAACACCUGACCUCGUCAUCGUCUCCGCCCCUCUCGCCCACGGGCGCCCUCGCGCCAUCCCUGCCGCUGACCGCUGCUUCCUCAGCCAAACGUACCAGGAAGAAGAAGGAGAAGGAGCGGGAAAAGGGGGCCAAGAAGGAGUCUGGCCGCUCGGGUCACUCCAAGAAGCCAGGCAGCAAGAAGGCCAAGCUGCAGUCCAAGGUGUCGGUGCUGGUGCGGGAGGGGGUGAGCAGCACCACGGGCACGGCUGCCGCCCCAGGGUCUGCUGGGAAGCUGGCCAUGGACCGCAUGGGCCCAAGCGGGGUGGCUGGAGUGGGCGGCGGUGGCUCGUCCUCUGUGGUGGGCGGCUCCAUCGCCGUGGUGUUCCGACGGGACAACGAGAGCCGCUCGCCGUUCCUGAAGCCGUGCUCGGAACCUCUGUCUCUGCAGUCACGCGGCGGGGGUGGUAAGGACCCCGGUAAGGCCGGCGGGCAGCAGCAGUCGCAGCAGAGAAACGUCCUGGGUCCAGCCAGCGUGGCCAGCCCCACUCUCCUCAAGGCCAAGAAGGCCACCCCCACCUCCAGCACCUCCUCCUCCACCUCCUCCCCGUGCUCCUCCUCGGUGGCCAAGCGGCGCCGGCGCCCGGGGAAGAAGCUCCGUGACAAGAGCGGCGCCGCUGGCAGCGGAGAGGCCAAAGCCCCGCCAGCGGGAGGCUCGCUGCCCAAACCCUCCAGCCCGCCCGCCUUGCUGCCGGCCCCCACCCCUUCCUCCUCCUCCUCAUCCUCCUCCUCCUCCACCAGCGCGCUGCCGCCCUCCUCCUCGCCCCCGCACACGCCGCCCCUCUCCCUGCCACUGCCGUCCCGGGACGCCCGCGACUCCAGCCCGGACUCGCAGACAGUGGACAGCAGCUGCAAGACCCCCGAGCCCUCCUUCUUGCCAGAGGAGUCCCAGAGCGGACCGCCGGCCCCGGCCAGCCCGCCGCCCCCCACGCUCCUCUCCACUUCGGCCGGGGGCAGUGCUGCCCAGUCGGCCCCCGGCGCCAAGCCCCUUCUCUUGGACGAGCAGAAGACCUCGCCCCCCUGCUCCACCUCGUCGGGCUCGGCGGCUCCCUCGCUCCCACUCUCCCUGCCACCCUCAGCCGCUGACCCCUCGUCGUCGUUCUCGUCCGUGUCGUCGUCGUCAGUGGGCAAGCCCCCGCCGCCUCCCCCACCUCCACCCGUGGCCCCCCCACUGCCCUGGAGUCUGCAGACGGGAGUGGACUGCACUGCAGGGGGUGUGUUAGCCUUAACUGCACUCCUGUUUAAGAUGGAGGAGGCCAAUAUCGCCAGCCGCGCCAAAGCACAUGAGUUCAUUCAAGCCACAAGUCAGAUUCUCUCACAGGCCAACCAGAACCAGGCCCAGCAGCACGCCCCCUCCUCUUCCUCCACCUCUUCCUCCUCAUCCCAAGCCCCUCCUCUAUCUUCACUGGCCCAAUCCUCUGGUCCCAAUCCAGCACAGUUCAUUCUUCACAGCUCUCUCCCACUGGUUGGAUGCACCAAAACUCCUCCCACACAUCUGCUACCUGGGCUUUCAUUGGGUGGUGGAUGUGCACAAACUCCACCCCCUCCCAGUUUGCCUCCAGGGAUGGGAGGAACGAGUGAAGGAGCCUGGGAUGGGGACAGUAAAGAUCCCGACAAGUACCUGAAGAAGCUGCACACACAGGAGCGUGCGGUGGAGGAGGUCAAGCUGGCCAUCAAGCCAUAUUAUCAGCGCAAGGACAUCAAUAAGGACGAAUACAAGGACAUCCUGAGGAAAGCUGUACACAAGAUCUGCCACAGCCGGACAGGCGAGAUCAACCCAGUUAAAGUGAGCAACCUGGUCAAGCUCUACGUGCAGCGCUACAAAUACUUCCGUAAGCAUGGCCGAAAGAUGGACGACGAGCGCGAUGGCGACCGGGACUCCGGCGCCAUGCAUUCCCCGUGAUCGGACGCUGGACAUGAUUGACUGAGAGAGAGAGACCCCCCCCCCCCCCCUUGUCCCCUUGCCUACUCACCCCCCCCCCUCCUUGCCUGGCUCUUGAUGCUGAUUGGCUACACCAGUCAUAGACUGCCUUUUUAUCCUGCACGUGUUUGGGCCCUUCAGGGCCACUGAGUGACAUUUUGUUCGUUAUGAAUUCCCCUCAAUAUGUACACAAAUGCCCCCCCCCCCCCCCGCCUCUUUGUUUAACAUUUCUUGCUGUACAGACCUAUGAGUAGGAGCGGGGAAAAAAAAAAGUCAGAUAAACAUUAUGUAUGUGAUACGAAACAGACAUUGUUAAGAGAGGUUAAACUUGCACCCCUACACACGGUUACAUCAUAUUAAACACCCUAAACCUGUACAUACUGUAAGGACACUACUACGAUGGUGGUGUCUCGCAUCUGGAAUGGUGUGCAGUUUGGCCUGCAUGGUCGUUGCUCUAUGUGAGUGUGGACGUGGAUGAAUGGAUUAAAUAUCUAAAUAUAGACAUUUGACAACGUU